AUGUCGAUCGUGAAGAGACCCACCAUCAGAAACCGCCGGAUAUCUUCCUCACCCUCGCCGCCGGGGAGUCCACACCCUGCUUAUGAUCCAAUUCGGAUGGAGCCAGUGCAACGUCUGGGAAUCUCCUCUGCUGUACCUCUCUCAAUCAAGCAAGUCGACCUUGAUGGCUACGAUAUCGUCCCUUACGUACCCGCAUACCACAACACCUUCGAGCUACCUGACUCAAGCUAUUAUGGCCUCCAAGAACUCCAGGAUGACAUCGCCAAGGCCAUCUCGGCACAAAACGGCUUUCCUCAUCGUCGCGUGGAAGCAAAGCGAGACUUCUAUCUCAAGCUGUCGGCCCACUACAGGCGGCAUACCGAUGAGAAACGUCAGGACGUGCGUGUCACGGCGCAGAAUUGGGAUGAGCUGAGAUUACUACUGCUGAGUGAUGAGGUGCAUGUCGCGUGCUUCUCUGUCCUGUGGUGGAAAAAGACCACAGGGCAGAGGAAGGCUGACCGCGCAGAAGCGGGCAGUAGUCUGGCUUGCUGUGUCGUGCAGUAG